CCUCUGCCCUUUCCCCACAGGCCCUCUCUCUGCUGCCCACAGCCAUGGCCCCCACCGCAGCACCACAGGAGGAGACCACUUCCUCACGCCCCCAGUUCUGCAAGUGGCCGUGCGAGUGCCCGCCCUCUCCACCCCGCUGCCCGCUGGGGGUCAGCCUCAUCACGGAUGGCUGUGAGUGCUGUAAGAUGUGUGCCCAGCAGCUUGGGGACAACUGCACGGAGGCCGCCAUCUGUGACCCCCAUCGGGGCCUCUACUGCGACUACAGUGGGGACCGCCCGAGGUACGCAAUAGGAGUGUGUGCACAGGUGGUCGGCGUGGGCUGCAUCCUGGACGGGGUGCGCUACGACAACGGCGAGUCCUUCCAGCCCAACUGCAAAUACAACUGCACGUGCAUCGACGGCACCGUGGGCUGCACCCCGCAGUGUCUCAGCGCGCGCCCCCCGCGCCUCUGGUGCCGCCGCCCGCGGCGAGUGAAGGUGCCCGGCAGCUGCUGCGAGCAGUGGGUGUGCGAGGAGGAUGCGAGGAGGCCACGCAAGGCCACGCCCCGCGACACCGGGGCCUUCGAGGUGGCGGGCGAGGUGGAGCCGUGGCACAGUAACUGUAUCGCCUACACCAGCCCUUGGAGCCCCUGCUCCACCAGCUGUGGCCUGGGGAUCUCGACUCGGAUCUCCAACGUGAACGCUCGGUGCUGGCCAGAACAGGAGAGCCGCCUGUGCAACCUGCGACCCUGUGAUGUGGACAUCCGCCAUCAUAUCAAGGCAGGGAAGAAGUGUCUGGCUGUGUACCAGCCAGAGGUGCCCAUGAACUUCACGCUCGCCGGCUGUGUCAGCACCCGCUCCUACCAACCCAAGUACUGUGGGGUCUGCACGGACGACAGGUGCUGCAUACCCUACAAGUCCAAGACCAUCAGCGUGUCCUUCCAGUGCCCCAGCGGGCCUGGCUUCUCCCGCCAGGUCCAGUGGAUUAACGCUUGCUUCUGCAACCUGAGCUGCCGGAAUCCCAAUGACAUCUUUGCUGACUUGGAAUCUUACCCCGACUUCUCAGAAAUCGCCAAUUAGGCAGACACACAACACAUGGUGCAGAGUCUGGCCAGCCCUCCGUGGCCAGCAACUUUCACAAUUGGUUCUUCCUCGGCCAGCUUCCUACUCACUUCUCACUAGCCUGGUCAUGGCUCAUGGCCUCCUUUAUUUCUCAGACCACCCGGAUGACCCAUGACGGUGCUGCUCCAGCCCAGACUGCGUCCCCUCCAUGGCAGGCUCCUGCAGCCACUCCAAAGAAAAGGCCCGAUUCUGGCUUCUCAGGACAAAGCCCACGCCUGGUCCAGCCUGUCCAGGUUGCUGGGAGCCCUGCUCGGUCUUGUCUGAACUGCAAGGAGUGGGGGGCAGCCAGACUUGCGAUCUCAUUAAUUCCUCUUUAGAGGACAAAUCACAGAAUGCGCCCCAUUCAGAAACACGGGCGGGCUCGGGGGCUACAGUUCCUUGGGCCCUACCAAGUGGCACUCGAAUGCUCCCGUCACACCCCAAGACUAGCUCUGACGCCAAAGACUCGUGCAUGCUGAGGUCACCAGGCAUUUGCCAGGUGAGGUGAAUGGCUGCUUGGUUUGGAUUUGUAAGGGAAAGUUGCAUCCACUAACCUGAGCACUGCUAGAAGUUAGGUUUCUCUUCACCCAUUCUAGAGAGUCCCAGUUGGGUUCAUUCCAGUGAGAAAUGCGAUUUGACAAACUUUAUUCAUGCUCGUGGAAAAAAAAAAAAGUCAAUACCCCAGGGACAGGGCAAGGUCAGCCAAGUUCAGAGGCAGCCAUUGACUGACAGGGCUUCAGGCUGUGGGCCUGGCCCUUCUUGCAUCCCAGGUCUCUCCUGCCAGAGGGGCUCAUGGGAGUUGACAGAACCCCUGUGGGUGGUGUCUGGAACAUUCCUUUCUUUUAGGGGCCUUGGGAGGUGCCACUGAAGUCCAGGCCACCCCCACCUAUGAUGACCAAAGACAGGUACAGGUGUGCCGUGGAUCACCCAAGAAGUGGGUGCAGCCUGCCUCCCUCCAGAGCGGAGCCUACAGGACCACAAAGGGCCUGGAACCUGGACCAGCACACAUCUGUGUCUGUGGCAGGAACCCCUGGCACGGCUUCGGGUCUGCUGACCAAUGGGCUGUCCAGUUUUCUGGUCUGAACACAGGGGUUGACCUCUGUAGAAAUGGACAGACGUUGGAGCAGGUGUUAUAACCCCAAAGCGGGUAGAGGUAAAAGGGAGGGAAGGCUAUGAUCCAUGGAAAUGAAGCCAUCACUUAUUUUGUUAGUAAAAGACCAUUCUUGCUGUUGCGGUUCUUGCAACACCUCUGCAUGCCCUGCACUGUUCUCAGGGCUCCACAUCCCCCAGCUCACCGACUCCGCAUGGUCAUGGGCAGCCAAUCCCGUCAGGCCUUGGGCUCCUACAAGUGUGAAAUGGGAGCUCCGAGAGGCAGGCGAGGAAACUUGACCAGAGUCACCCAGCUGGUGGGGGAGGGACUGGGACUCAGAGCCAAGAGGGACUGACUUGAUAGCUCCUGCUCCCUGCCCCCCCCCACACUUCUUUUAGAGCUUCCGAAAGCGUAGGAUAGGAAUGCAUAGAGGAAUCGCCAUGUCCUACUUUGACGUUUCACUCUUCUCUUCCCCAGAGAGGACAGUCCGGGUGUUUGAUGUCAGGUACCCAAAAAGGCAGGGGGGAUAGACAGAAGUCCACGCAUUCCUUAUAGAUCACCUCCCCCUUUACACCAGAACCAGCCCGCUUCAUGCAUUCAAAAGUGACUCUGUCCACCCAGCACUGCACAUUGAAUACUCACGCACGGCUACUCACGAGGGACUCGUGUGCACCGCCCGGGGGAUUCCUGAGCAGAAGGAACAGGGAACGGACCCUCCUACUGUGACCUCCCGAGAGCCUAGCCAGCGCUAGGCAGACCGUGGUGCUCAAACAUAUCCGAUGAAUUCCUGUUGUAUGUGUUCCGACUUCUAUUCCGAAGCUCUCCCUGCCAGGGUUUACGUGAAAAUCCAAUUUUCACCAGCCAAACCUUCUCUUAAGAGCCAUAUGGAAAGAGAUGGCUAACGUUUUAAAGGAACGUGGAGUGGUUUGCAUUCCUGUGUCGCGUCUUCUGGGUGCACGUUGUGGGUUUUCUUCCAGGGCAAACAGCUGCGUCCGUGAAUCACAAGGCUAGGCGUGAGCUGAUUCCACCUGAAAUAUUCAAGAAAACCCCUGGUCCUACUGAACUGGUGUUCUGAUUUGGGAAACUGAACAGAGCUUCCCAGGUCAUUGUAGGCACGGCGGGAGGGACUGGGGGUCAUCCCGAGAGUGGGUGGGGGGUGAUGUUGGGAACGCGCCAGCUCCUGGUGGCUUUGGGAAAAUAACCUGCCCCACGCAGGGCCUGGAGAGAAUUCUGGAAUCCACGGAGUGAGAUCAGGAGGAAGACCUUUUCCACAACUGUGUGGCCCGCUGCUGAGAAUGACAAUCGUUAAUGAAAAACCUCCUCUGACCGAGUGCUUACUGGAGCCAAGCACCACGUUACACUGUGCGUGAUCUUACUAUGGCGGCCGCUUGUGUCUGCUUCUCUUCUCUAUUCCGCACGCGGAGAAGCCAGGACUCCAGGAAGCUGGGACAUCAGCCAAAUCACUGCUGCAGCCCAGGCCCCCGCUGGUGCUCCUCUGCCUUGCUCUCGGGAGGACCCAAGGCACGGCCCGAACAGCUCCUGUUGGAGAACCCAUCGGCUGGGGGUGCAAAGAGGCCAAGGGCUCCUCGCGGUCUCUCUGAUCCUUUGUAACUCCACAAUCUGACACAGGAGAGAGAACCUCACAUUACUGCUUAGGAUGAAGCUCUGGUGUGCCGCGGUGGAGACGGAGGGGGCUCGGGAUUCAUCAAACCACUCUUUCUGAAGCUUAGCGAACUUUAUUAUGAGCAUAUGGUGACGGCUUAGCGUGUGCCAGCCUUGCACUACGUACGUUAAGUGCUGAAUCUCAUGGAACCCUCAUAGCAAACCCCAAGACACGGAAUUGCUUGUGUUUGUCUUAGAAGACGAGCUGUGCUUCCUAGAGGCUAUGUCAUUGGCUCAGGCUCUUUCCAGCCAGCAAAUGGCAGACCGGGAUGGCAAACCCAGGAUUCUCCGACCCCUGAGCCGUCUCUCCUAAUGCCACACCUGGGUCUCCUGGCACUCGAUCAGGAGGUAGGAUUUCUCCAAGAGGUGCUUAACUGACAAUCGCCGCCAUCUCAACUCUGCAGUGACUCAGAGAGUGAUCAAAGGAAGCCGAUGCAAAGGCCAGGACAGUCUGGGAUCUCAGUGACAGCGGCUGUGUAGCCGAAGGGACUGUGCACACGUAGUGUGGCUCGUACCACGAUGUUGAUCAUGUCGCCGCUUUUCAAAUACUUAUUUUUGAUGCAAAAUAACCCGCACGAUAACCCUGCCCGUGAGCGAGCGAGAACUUUGUCCGUGUCUCUCUGUACCUCUCGAUGUGUAUAUAUGUAUGUAUCUAUUUUUAAGCUGUGACUUAAUAUUAACUAUUUCUACUGCCACUUUUGUUAAGUGACCAAAACUAUGAAACGUCUUAGACUUUCUCACAGAGGGCCCACAGCCCUCGGGCCGUCCGCCAUGUCUUAGAGCAUCCCUCCUCUUGCUCGUGAUGUGUGUAGCAUGCAACGUGUUUGUUCAUCGCAAAUGGUUUUUGUCCCGCAAAUCCCCUGUGUAAGCUUCUUUCCUUAAAGCAAUAAACCUUCAGCAGAGCAA